AUGACUAAAGAACUACAAUGGCCAAAAGUAAAGCAACGUCGUGAUGAAACACUGCGUUCUAAAAUUGACUCCAUAUACAAAGGUGAGACUGUUAAUAAUUUUAUAUUUGAAGAUGACCUUUUAAAGUACAGAAUACGAGAUGAAGUUCUAGGUGAGCAAUACUUGGUUAUAGUACCAAAAUCAUUCCAAUGGAGUUUGAUAAAUGCAUACUAUUCUAGUUUGAAGCAUCCUGGUUGGGAAAAAACAAUGGCGAAGAUAAGAGAGACUUACUGGUUUGACAGGAUGAAUACUACAGUUAGGGAGUUCGUUGAUAAUUGCAUCAUUAUUUGUAGAACUUCAAAAAACACUUCAGGAUCCCUUCAAGCUCAACUGCAUCCCAUCAAAAAAUCCACUGUGCCAUUUGAGAUAAUCCAUAUGGACAUAACAGGAAAACUAGGUACAUUACCCGAACAAGAGUAUGUUGUAGUUACAAUAGAUGCAUACACUAAAUAUAUUUUGUUGCAUCAUGCUAACAAUAAAAACCCUCAAAGUACUCUUGCAGCCCUAAAACAGAUGAUACACUUGUUUGGCAAACUAAUCGUAGUAGAUGGUGGGCGUGAGUUUCUAGGUGAAUUUAAGAAUUUUUGUAAAAGGUUUGGUUUAGUGAUCCAUUCUAUAGCCCCUGGCGUGAGUAGAGCCAAUGGGCAGGUUGAAAGAGUAAUAGGAACCCUCAAAAUGCUUUAA